AUGUCAACGUUUGCCCAAAGCAGUGAAGGUUUCCGUUGGGAGGAAAAAAGGGAAUGCAAACUUGAGACUUGUGAAGCUGCGGGGAAGCCUGGAACUAGAGUGCAGGCACCGGGGCGACGGGUCCUGCAGGCAAAGGGGCUGCCCCUCGAGGGCAAGGCACCCAAGGACCCCUGUUGACAAACACUGGGUACGUUGCUGGGCGGCCCUGGCUCCCGUAGGCCCAGGCUGUUGCUAACAUCAAGGAGCUGUUUAUGGAGCCGCCUCCCCACGGACCAGCUUCCAGUGUCCCUAUCUACUCUCGCUACAACCAAAGCUCAUGGGGCCUUCGCUCCAGGGUCCUCACCCUACCUAGGCCUGGGAAGCUUGAGCUGGGGAAUGCUAAGCAGGAUUCAGCUUUCACCGCCCCGGCCCGGCGGGGAGGGCAGCGCCAAAUACCGCAGCUCACUCUAACCUGGCACGGAACGUGUUAACCUCCGGCUCUACGGAGCGGCCCCUGAAACCCGCCGUCCCUCCGCCUAUGCUGGGGAGCCAUGGCCAGCUCAGUGUUUUCAUUGGUGAAUGUGAUCCGGGGCCUUCCAAGACCCACCAAUCCAGAAGCAGGAAAGAUAGGCUCGGGAGCGUGCCGCGAGAAUAGAGUGGAUGGAGCGUCGGAGAGGCCGAAAGGGUUGGGAGCGGAGGUGGCGACUCGGAGUCCUAGGCCUAGUGAGGCGUGGGAGGCAGAGCGCCCCAGAACUCAGGCGGCCAGUCGGCGCCCGGAACCCGGCGCCGGCAGAUAGGGUGGGUGUGGCCCUUAUCUGCCUCCCCGCGGAGCGCUGGGUGGACGAAGUCUUGAGACCUCUUUUUCUUUCUCCCUCAUUUUCUCUCGUCCCUCUCGUGGCUUCCCAAUGGGUCGGACCGUGGUCGUCCUGGGCGGAGGCAUCAGCGGCUUGGCCGCGAGUUACCACCUGUGCCGGGCCCCUUGUCCACCCAAGGUGGUCCUGGUGGAGGGCAGCGAGCGUCUGGGAGGCUGGAUCCGCUCAGUCCGAGGUCCAGAUGGUGCUAUCUUUGAACUUGGACCUCGAGGAAUUCGGCCAGCGGGAGCUCUGGGAGCCCGGACCUUGCUCAUGGGGGCUACUCCGCGCUUCACCUCCCUUCUCCAAACCGCUGCUCUGGGCGGGGCUGAGGGAGUUGAUCACGCCCCCAGGCAAAGACCCUGAUGAGACUGUGCACAGUUUUACCCAGCGCCGCCUUGGACCUGAGGUGGCGUCUCUAGCCAUGGACAGUCUCUGCCGUGGAGUGUUUGCAGGCAACAGCCGUGAGCUCAGCAUCAGGUCCUGCUUUCCCAGUCUCUUCCAAGCUGAGCAAACACAUCGUUCCGUAUUACUGGGGCUGCUGCUGGGGGCAGGGCGGAGACCGCAGCCAGACUCAGCACUCAUUCGCCAGGCCCGAGCCGAGCGCUGGAGCCAGUGGUCACUCCGUGGAGGACUGGAGAGGUUGCCCCAGGCCCUUAAUACCCACCUGACUAGUAGGGGGGUCAGUGUUCUCAGAGGCCAGCCAGUGUGUGGGCUUAGCCUCCAGGCAGAAGGGCGCUGGAAGGUGUCUCUAGGGGACAGCAGCCUGGAGGCUGACCACAUCAUUAGUACUGUUCCAGCUUCAGUGCUGAGCAAGCUACUCCCUGCUGAGGCUGCACCUCUGGCUCAUGCCCUGAGUACCAUCACUGCUGUAUCUGUGGCGGUGGUGAAUCUGCAGUACCGAGGAGCUCGUCUACCUGUCCAGGGAUUUGGACAUUUGGUGCCAUCCUCAGAAGACCCAGGCAUCCUGGGAAUUGUGUACGACUCAGUUGCUUUCCCUGAGCAGGAUGGGAGCCCCCCUGGCCUCAGAGUGACUGUGAUGCUGGGAGGUUCCUGGUUACAGACACUGGAAGCCAGGGGCUCUGUCUUAUCUCGGGAGCUAUUCCAACAGCAAGCACAGGAAGCAGCUGCCACACAAUUAGGACUGAAGGAGCCACCAAGUCACUGCUUGGUCCAUCUACACAAGAACUGCAUCCCCCAGUAUACACUAGGCCACUGGCAAAAACUAGAGUCAGCUACCCAAUUCCUGGCUGCUCAAAGGCUGCCCCUCACUCUGGCUGGAGCCUCCUAUGAGGGGGUUGCUGUCAAUGACUGUAUAGAGAGUGGGCGCCAGGCAGCAGUCCGGGUCCUGGGCACAGAACCUAAUAGCUAAUAACCUAAUAGCUAAUAGCUCUCACUUCUUCCUGCCCCUGCUGGCAGGGAUUCUCUCACUCAUGAAAAUAAAAGUCGCUGGAGCUUG